AUGGGAUUCAAAUUCACUCUCUUGUGUGAUCUGCUGUCCAGCUUAGACGACAGCAAAACGGCCAAGGCAUCCACGGCGGCCAGAAACGAGAAUCCGGACAUUAGAACAGUCACCCAAUGGUUCUCUCGGCAUGAAAGGACCAUCCAUUAUGCCGAGACAGACAGGGUCGCGUUGCUUUCGUGUAUGUUCCCCGAAAAGCGAACGGACCGAGUAUACUGGCUGCAAGCCACGCAGCUAUCGAGAGUCAUCGGCCGCUGCUUGGGUUUGGGAUCGUCACGACUUUCUGAACUCAAUCGAUGGCAAAUUCCUGGUGGCCUUGAUCUCGGAGGAUGUGUUGAAAUUGUCAUGCGGCAAGCCGAGAAUUACAUUCCGGCUGGCCAGGAGUUAUCGGUUGAAGAAAUCGAUCGCGCCAUGGCUAUGAUUGCAUCACGUUGCCGCUUCUCCGGCCCUCUGGCCCGUCGGAAUCGUACAGCUGUGGACGUUGAUGAAACUCUAUCAAAACUGUACCGUCGAUCAAGUAGCCGUGAUGCCAAAUGGCUCACUCGCAUGAUUCUCAAAAGCUACUCCCCCAUCGUGUUUCCAGAAAAGUAUACCCUGAAGAAAUUUCACUUUCUUCUGCCGCAACUACUCCAGCUUCAGAACUCUUUUGAAGGAGCACUAGAGAUGCUCGCUUCCGACCCGAUAAAUCACUUUCCCCUAAAUCCUGAUCCCCAAGCAGCUAAAAGCCUCAGCGUCAUUGCACUACAACAUAUGCGCCCUCGCCCUGGUAUCAAGGUGGGAAGACCUGAUUAUUACAAAGCCCGGAGUAUCAAACAUUGUCACCAAAUGGCCAACGGUCGUCGAAUGAGCAUUGAACGGAAAUACGAUGGUGAAUACUGUCAGAUCCACGUUGAUCUUUCUAACAAGUAUACCCCCAUUCAGAUCUUCUCCAAAAGUGGCAAGGACUCGACUGCAGAUAAAGAUAAAAUCAUACCUGUGAUAGAAGAGUCGCUUCGUACCGGAUUGCCUGACUGCAAGUUUGCGCACCGCUGUAUCGUUGAGGGAGAACUACUUGUAUGGAAUGACCAGAAUUGUGAUAUUAUGGACUUCAACAAAAUUCGGAGGUUUAUUCCACGAUCUGGCGUUUUGAUUGGUGUUGAUAAUGAUUCUCCGCCGCAACCGUUCGAGCAUUUGAUGAUAAUGUUCUUUGACAUUCUUCUCCUUGAUAACGACGUAUGCCUUGCCAAGCCUCAUCGGGAAAGACGACUACUUUUACAGAAAGUGGUGAAACCCAUCUCGGGCCGGGCAGAUUUGGCCCAUCAGGAGGUUUUAGACUUCAACCGGGUCGAUAGCUAUAACCGGCUCGAAAGGACUUUUGAGAAAGCGAUUACUCAACGUUGGGAGGGGUAUGUCUUGAAGGCUUCUGAUGAGCCUUAUUUUCCGAUAUACUCCACUGGGUUGGAUCCCAUGUUUGGCCGAUGGAUCAAACUCAAGAAAGAUUAUAUACCCGGUCUUGGAGAUACGUUAGACCUUAUGUUGAUUGGAGCUAACUACAACACGCGAGACGCUCCUGAUCUGAGACAAAUAAAAAAGCUGAAAUGGACUCACUUUUUUGUUGGCUGUCUUCUGAAUAAAGAGCGUGUCACAGAAGACGAUGCUUUGCCGCGUUUCCUAGUGGUUGAUGUGAUCAACCGUCACUGCAUGAGCAUCCAGACCAUGCAAACGCUUAAUCAAUUAGGCGAGUUCUCUGCACGUCAACCGGAAUCAUUCGAAGGCUUUCACGUUGAGUAUGGGCACAGCAACCUUCCCAUUGCAACCACAUUGUUCAAGCAUCCGUUCAUCGUCGAGAUGCUGGGCAGUGGAUUUGAAAAACCCUCUGGCGCGAGAUACUUCACACUUCGAUUUCCUCGGAUUUUGAAGAUACACUCGGACCGGACUCUAGAAGAAUGUACGUCUUUCCAGGAACUACAGCUUUCGGCAGAAGAUGCCCGGGCUAUGCCUGUGGAUGAACUGGAAGAACGCGAGAGAUGGUCCAAGCGCCUCAAGGCUGCGAGUGGACUUAAUCAGUACAUUGUGCGGUCUCCGAGCCCAGAAGCGACUUGUUCUGACACCGACGAGGAGACAACUUCCCCACCAUCCCAGGUCCCACAAGCCACCACUACUUCUGGAGAAAGUUGUAUGGAUGCAUGUCCAUUGAUGGAAGGGUUGCGUGGAGAUCCAAUAGCAAAAGACAGCCAUGAUCGAUCAUACAAUGACCAUUCAAUGUCCCCUCUAGUCUAUAUUGAUGAGAAAAUACUUCCCAUGGAAGAUCAAAGCCCUAUUCUUGAGACGAAUAUACUCGUGGACAACGAGAACCUGUCGUCUCGUCAACACUCUUCCAGCCAGAAGGAUGGAAAGCUCGCAUCGCAGGAAUCUUCGGGCUUUUUGCGUCCUAUGCGGCCAGCCAGUUUCAUCUCCCCACACGAAGACCACUCUCCAAAAUUACACGAGGCGCAGAAACGGCUUUCGGGAAAGCUGCUGGCGCCUACAUUAUCGAAACAGAAACGCAAGAUGUCACCCGAAUCUCCUUUAACAACUAUUCCUAUAUGGACGCCUGAAACCUCACUGGGAAGCUUUACACUUCCCCAAAUUAAUGAACAGCCCAACAACGAUAGCCAAUCUUGUGAUUUGGACGAAUUUGUUCGGUGUCUCUGCUCUGAUGAAUCUGCUUCUUCCCUCCAACAAUCAAACCCAUAUGCCGCCUCACAGGGGACACGAUUUGGCAUUGUCCUGUUUGAUCCCAAAACAACUCACCUAGGCAAAGAAAUGCAUCGUUUCGCCACAACCCUUUCUAGUUUCGCCUAUACUGUAACAAUUCGAAUCCCCUCCACGGGAAGCAUAUUCUUUUUGGGCUCGAGCAUGUUGGAACGGGAUCUAUGCCCCGAUGAUCUUCGUUUCUGCCUACGUGAUACGUGGACGGGUAUUGGACGUGAUCACUUUUAUGGCUGUCUUUCAUGGAGUCUCAGCAAGCGGUCUGAUAGUUUCUCCGUCGGAAAGGUCAGCUUCGAAUCGAGUCAACCUUGUUAUGAUAUGACAAAGGAGACAUCAGAGCCUUGGUGCUCUAAACCAAGGACCCCAUGGAUUGAGAUGACCUUUGAUGAAACAGCCAUUGCUGUGUUGGGCGAGUAUACCUCGAUCGAACCACUAGCUCGUGUUUUAAAUAGUUGA